GCUCUCCGUACAGGAAUGUGGCGACCGCAUUACGUCACUUAUUCUGCCCGUAGGCGAGAAAAGCAGCUCCUUCCACCUGGAAUCGGUCAGUGUUUUUGUGUGUAGCUUUAAAGGGGGAUUUCGUGUUUUUCCUGCUGAUGUCUUCAGAGCUGGGUGGAGGUCUGGGAUGUAAGCGUGAGGCGGCUCAUGACAGCUCCCCUGCUGCACAAUGAGAAGCUUGUAGAAGAAGACCAAAUCUCGACGACGCUCUCGGGAGAGUCGAUGGAGGAACCAGAAAACAAUUGUUACUGUGCGGGCUGUGGAGGAAAAAUCCAAGACUCAUUCCAGAUGAAGGUCCUCCAGGAUACCUGGCACAACGCCUGCUUUCAAUGCUCCGUGUGCUCUGACAACCUGACUAACUGGUACUAUGAGAAAGAUGGCAAGCUGUACUGUCAGAAACACUACUGGGAGAAGUUCGGGGAGCUCUGUCACGGCUGCUCUCUGCUCAUGACGGGACCUGCUAUGGUGGCUGGAGAACACAAGUACCACCCCGAGUGUUUUGUGUGCCUGAGUUGCAAGGUGGUCAUUGAGGACGGGGAUACUUACGCCUUAGUCGAGAGGUCCAAGCUCUACUGUGGAAAGUGCUACAAGCAGGUGGUCCUCACCCCCAUGUUGGAGAAACGCUCAUACGACUCAAUCUUAGACUCCCUGCCCCAUACGGUGACGCUCAUCUCAAUGCCCUCUGCAGCUAACGGGAAGAGGGGCUUCUCUGUGUCCGUGCUGAUGGAUGUGAACGGCUUGCCGAACGUUCACGUCAAAGAGGUCAGACAGAUGCUUAUCAGUCCGGAGGUGCGAAAUGCUAUCCACGUUGGAGACAGGAUCCUGGAAAUCAAUGGCCUUCCUGUUGGGACGCUGAUGGAGAAAGAGGUGUACGAUCUUAUCCACCACACCAGUCAUACACUGCAGCUGCUGAUAGAGUAUGACCCAGUGAGACAGCGUUUAGAUCGGCUCCGACUGGGCUCGCCCAGGAACCAGCUGGGGGUCCCGGCCACAUCCCGCAUGCGUCUGUCCUCGCAGCCCAACACAGUCCUGGAGAGGACAGACGAGGUUGAAGACACACUGAAAAGGAGAACUUUAAAGCGAAGUAACAGCAUAUGCAAGUCUCCAAAUUCCAUAACAGAGGCGCCGAUAUUCGCAAGAGACAUCAGUCGCUCUGAAUCCCUGAGAUCCUCUAGCAGCUGCUCUCACCGCAUUUUCCGGCCAUGUGACCUAAUCCAUGGAGAGGUCCUAGGGAAGGGCUUUUUUGGACAGGCCAUCAAGGUGACUCACAAAGCCACAGGGGAGGUGAUGGUGAUGAAGGAGCUGAUCCGUUGUGAUGAGGAGACACAGAAGACUUUUCUAAAAGAGGUCAAAGUAAUGAGAAGCCUCGAACAUCCACACGUGCUGAAGUUCAUUGGUGUGCUGUACAAAGACAAGAGGCUGAAUCUGAUCACAGAGUUCAUUGAAGGAGGCACGCUGAAGGACUUCAUCAGAGACAUGGAUCUGUUUCCUUGGCAACAAAGAGUCAGCUUUGCAAAGGGUAUCGCCUCUGGCAUGGCUUACCUUCAUUCAAUGAGUAUCAUCCACAGAGACCUCAACUCUCACAACUGCCUGGUUAAACUGGACAAUACUGUAGUGGUUGCAGAUUUCGGACUGUCCCGACUCAUAGUAGAGGAGAAAGUAAAACCUCCUCCAGAGAAACCUUCAACCAAGAAGAGAGUGCUCAGGCGCAUUGACCGGAAGAAGCGAUACACAGUUGUGGGAAACCCUUACUGGAUGGCUCCAGAAAUGCUAAAUGGUAAACGCUAUGACGAAAAGGUGGAUAUCUUCUCGUUUGGAAUCGUUCUUUGUGAGAUUAUUGGAGAAGUGUACGCAGAUCCUGAGUGCCUCCCCAGGACUCUGGACUUUGGUCUAAAUGUUGGAAAGUUUGUGGAGAAGUUUCUUCCUGAGGACUGUCCUCCAGCGUUCUUUCCCCUGGCUGUUGCCUGCUGCGACCUCGCACCGGACAGCCGUCCAUCUUUCCAGAAGCUGGAGGACUGGUUUAAAGCCCUUUCCCUCAACCAAGAGCUGGGAAUCCCCCUGCCAGCUGAACUGGAUGAACUCCAUCAGAGUCUGAGUCAACUCUACUGGCCUAAGGAUCCAGUCCAGAGCACAGAGCAGCCACCAACCCCAACAGCAGCCUCUCCAGAGUGCACCAGUAUGGUGGACAGUGGCACCUAGGAUUUUUGCCUGUGUAGCCUCACUCAUUCUUUGUGAUGCCUCUUAACUGCUGCACUAAUUCUGUGGAGGAGAAAAAGAGGAAACUGGUGUAGAACCCGAGCCAUGUUAGAACUGGAUAACCUGAGAUUGCUGGACCACUUGUUUUUUUGUUUUCUGGAAUAUAACUCUGUGAGUGCCAGUGAACUGCAGUGAGAAUGAAGAGACACAUUUCAAAUUCAGAACUUUUGUUUGCUUAUUUUUGUUACCGUAUGCCCCCAUUUAAAAACACAUAGCAGUUCUUAAUGUUUAAAGUUGACUUAAUCCUAACAACAUAGAGGGGCUCUUUCCCUGUGGAUAGAUACCUUUAUAAGACCGUCUUGUCCCUAUGUGACAGUAGUUUUAUUUUUCUGGCUCCAAAGUUGUUGUUUGCAACGUGUAGAGAACACAAGUCUAGUCCACGCCUUAACGAGGAGUGGCCCAACAUCAACAAUAAAAGAAAAGCUUAACGCUCCCUGACAAAUCGCUGUGCAGGUAAGGAUUGUUAAUGCAUGAACCUCUAGCAAAUGUGUACAAAUACAGAGAAAAAGAAAGGUAGUUCAGUGAGUUGGUAACAGUUUUAGUAACUUCUUCUCAAGACAUUUAGAAUUUCAACUAGGAACUAAAAACUAAAAUUAGAAAUGCACCAAUCAGAAAUUUUUGGCCUAUUCCUGAUCUUCAAUUUUUGUAAAGUUUUUAAGUUUUUAGUAUUUUAACAGAUUCAGAGUUUCCUGUGGAGGGGAACUCUGGGCUAAGAAAGUCCACAUUUCAACAGACUUUUCCAGGGUAAAUAAAGACAAAAACUGACCACUCUCAUCUAGCCAUAAAAAGAUGUCCAGUGUUAAAAAGCUCAAAAAAAGAAAGAAAUGAGAACAGCUUUGAAAAUAUGUAUCUUUCGCCUUCCAGCCAUGAACACUAAUUGUUUAUUUAUUUUUAUUUAGAGCAGAGGAGAUGUCACACUGUGUGUGUGAGAGCAGUCGCUGUAGAACAAGAUUUUACAGUGUAAAAACUAAGACAAAGGUGUUUUACGCUUUUUCAGCAUCUUAUAUUAGCAAUUAGCAAGGUUAUCCCGGUUACCGUUACCAAACAGGAGUCCCUGUCUGUACCCCUUGAAAAAUGACAAUUUUCAAGCUUCCAUCUGGUCCAAACCGAUCAAACAGAAAUUUGUUCAAUUCUGGUCACAAGCAGAUUUCUCACUGCAUCUCUAAGACAGAUUUACCUUGGACACCACCGUAAUAUUAUUUAGUUGAUUGACCAAACAUCUCUGAACACAUUAUUGGUAUAUUUAUUUUCCAGAUUUUAGGUAUCUGUGUAAUUUAUUUCAUAGGCAUUUAAGAUCAAAUCUGGUGUUUUUAUCAGCUACCUUGGUAAUUUGAUCAUUUAAUUUGCUGCCUAGAGGGAGCAAAGUACCAACUCAGCUCUGCUGUAUGCUACAUGCCAGGCAGAAGGUAAUUAAUUGUAUUUCUCUAAAUAGGUUUAUUUUCUUUGCCCAUAGACAACUAUAUGCCCAAAUAGCUCCUUUGUGGUUUAUUCUGCUCAAACAUUUAUCAUCAAGGACUCUGGUUUAUCUAGGAAUUUUGCAAGCAUUUUGAGUCUCACUGGUUGGCCCAUUUCACAAUCUGAUAAACAUACUAAAAACUUCUCUUAAAAUAGUUCUGUCAGCCUGAAGCCCUUUGGAUGUAUAGUGUACUUAAUCCGAAAUAUUUUCUCAAUCGUUGAGAUUGUCCCAGCACAGAUUUUUUCUAUGCAGUGUCUUAAGGCCUUGCACCGUAGCCCUUGUAAUUAUUUUGUGUUUUUGAAGGAGCUUAAACGAUGCUUCACCACUUCGAAAAACACACUCUGCUGACAUUAAGAUGUACAGAUGUUCCUAAUUAUAACGCGUUAAUUAUAGAUAGAAACCAAACUACCCAAGCAGAAACGAUGACUUCUCAUAGCUGAUAUUCAAAACAGAAACUACUAAAACCCUUGCUCUUCUAAAUAAAACCAUUAAUCUUUAAUUAAAUAAGGCCACGUUUUAGUAUAGGUGUGUUUAUUUGAUUUUUAGUAAUUAUUUAUGUUUAUAUAAAUGGUGCCAACUAGUGUUUCAGGGGCCUUUCUUUGCUUUAUUUGUAUCACAUUCAAACCUUGUGUUAGUUUUUAUUUAUUUUGUUUUUUUUGUUUUUAUCUAUUGACUUUAACCCAAAUAUUGUGAUUUUAUUGAACCGAAUGCUUUGCUUAUAAAGCAUAUCUUCCUAAAAUGUGUGGAUGCCAGUAAAAUUGACCUGUACCUUGGGUGAAGCAUGGAGAUAACAUGUAAAAAAAGCUAUUUUGAUGCAGAAACAUUUGUACAGCCUGCAAUUUGGUGCAUGUCAGUGAAGAUUCACUUUUCUUCUUAGCUCCACUGAUCUCAGUUUAUUUCAUUGUAGUCAAAUCAUUUUUACAAUUUUUUUCAGAAUAAUGAAGACUUGAUAAUUUUGUUCUCUUUAACAAAUCAGGGCAAAAAGGUCUGUUGGAUGUUAUGAAACAAACUCUUUGUAAAGUGGGACUUUCUUCUCAGUGUAUAUAUUGUGUUUUAAUGAAACCUUUAAUUAGAUUUAAUUGGAAUGUUUAGAUUUUUCUCUUUUUAUAUUAGACAUUUCGACAGCAUUUUGCAAUCACCAAGCAAGGUACUGAAGACCAGUGGUAACCACUUUUAUUUAUAUCCCUGUAGUGUUUCUUAAAUAAACCUUCUGAAAGUUG